CUGUAAUCUCCGGUCACCGUCUCUGCUGCCGUCGCCGGGAGCCACCUCACAGGGAAACAGGUCACUGCUGUUGGCCGUUGUCCAGAAGAGUAAAAGUGGGUCCUGCCACGCUCGGAGCUACCUGGCGCCUCACUGGGCUAGAGCUGGAGAACAAGUCCGGUGGUGGCCACCGGCGUGUGGCUGGACGGGAGCCCCCUUGGAGGGGGGCAGCCCCGAGAGAACCUCCUGUGGCCCGAGCGGUCAGUGUCUUCCGAUUCGCGCGACCGCGGUCCUGCCGCGACUGGUCUGUGUAUCGCAUUCACUGUUUUGCCAACGUAAUGUUUACCUCUGGUACCGGUGAAAUGCUGAACCUUGGCAGAGAUGUUUGAUGCGGCGUGGCCCCUUUAAGUUCUCAUCUUUGGGAAUGUGUGCGCUGAGACAGCGUGGUCUGCAGGGAAGAUUGGGCAAGUGGUGGCCUAGGUAAAAAUAAGUGACUAAAGAAGCAUAUCUGGGAGUCAUCUAACAUGUCGAGGAGAAGAUUUGAUUGUCGCAGUAUUUCAGGGUUGUUAACUACAACUCCUCAAACUCCAAUGAGAAUGGAAAACUUUAAUAAUUUUUAUACACUUACGUCUAAAGAGCUGGGAAGAGGAAAGUUUGCUGUGGUGAGACAGUGUAUAUCAAAAUCUACUGGCCAAGAAUAUGCUGCGAAGUUUCUGAAAAAGAGAAGAAGAGGACAGGAUUGUCGAGCAGAGAUUCUACACGAGAUUGCUGUACUUGAAUUGGCAAAAUCUUGCCCUCAUGUGAUUAAUCUUCAUGAAGUCUAUGAAAAUACCAGUGAAAUCAUUUUGAUAUUGGAGUAUGCUGCAGGUGGAGAAAUUUUCAACUUGUGUUUACCUGAGCUGGCUGAAAUGGUUUCUGAAAAUGACAUUAUCAGACUCAUUAAACAAAUACUUGAAGGAGUAUGUUAUCUACAUCAGAAUAACAUUGUACAUCUUGAUUUAAAGCCACAGAAUAUAUUAUUAAGCAGCAUAUACCCUCUUGGAGAUAUAAAAAUUGUAGAUUUUGGAAUGUCUCGAAAAAUAGGGAAUGCGUGUGAACUUCGGGAAAUUAUGGGAACACCAGAAUACUUAGCUCCAGAAAUCCUGAACUAUGAUCCUAUUACUACAGCAACAGAUAUGUGGAAUAUUGGCAUAAUAGCAUAUAUGUUGUUAACUCAUACAUCUCCAUUUGUGGGAGAAGAUAAUCAAGAAACAUACCUCAAUAUUUCUCAAGUUAAUGUAGAUUAUUCAGAAGAAACAUUUUCAUCGGUUUCACAGCUGGCCACAGAUUUUAUCCAGAGGCUUUUAGUAAAAAAUCCAGAGAAAAGACCCACAGCAGAAAUCUGCCUGUCUCAUUCUUGGCUACAGCAGUGGGACUUUGGAAACUUAUUUCACCCUGAAGAAUCUUCCACUUCCUCUCAAAGUCAGGAUCAUUCAUUAAGGUCCUCUGAAGACAAAACUUCUAAAUCCUCUUGUAAUGGAACCUGUAGUGAUCGAGAAGACAAAGAGAAUAUUCCAGAGGAUAGCAGCAUGGUUUCCAAAAGAUUUCGCUUUGAUAACUCAUUGCCCAAUCCCCAUGAACUUGUUUCAGAUUUGCUGUGUUAGCACUUUUCUCUUUGACUUACUGGACUGAAUUUGGAAUUUGAAAUCUACUCCAAUGUGAGAUUGUGGUUUGUAGCUUCAUUUAUGGCAUGUUUAUUUUGUAAAUGCACUUUUGCAUAGAAGUGUUUUAAUGCCAAAUUAUUAGUAACAAGCAUAAUUUCGUUUCCUGUUCUGAGAUACUAACUCUUCAGAGAAGAAAAUAUUUAAAUAUAUGACAAAAAUAAAGCUAUGCAUGUGAGUUUACAUGUUAAUUGAAGAAUUCAAGUUCAAAUGGAUUUAUCAAAAUAUUUUACAGGUGAGGAAAACAUUGAUUCGGGUUUAUAUUAUGGUUGAUAUAAAACUGAACAAAACGAAGACAUUUGAAUUCAAUAGGUUCUAUGAGGUAAGUUCUAUAUACAUGCCUCUACUGACAAAAUUUUAUUAGGAUAACAAUGUCAAGUUUAAGCAAGAAUAUUUACUAUUUUUAUAGAUGUGGGAUAUUUUAUAUUUGAAAAUAUUUCAAUCACAAAUAUUUUGAAACUGCCUAAGAUUUCCAGGAUAUAUGAUCUGCUACAUGAGACAAGUCCUUUAACCAGAGCAAAGAGGGAAAUUAUAAACCCAAUUAGGGAUAUUCUAUACAAGUUGGAGGAAAAAAAAAAAGCAGCAUGGUAUCAUUUUUUUUUUUUGACUCAAAUGUCUUGCCCUCUCUCAUCAUACUUCAGAUUUAAUAAGGACUGAAAGAUGGAGACUUAGAUUGUACACAGGUGUAGAGGAUUUUCAUCUUCCAGAAUUUCUGAAGUAGAAGAUACUUAAGUAAGACUGCAUGUGCUCUAUUUUGGGUGGCCA